CAACAUAUUCCAAACAUCACCAAAUAUCGUACAAAAGAAUCAAAAUGGCAUCAAUUCAACCCAACUUCUAUUUUCCUUACCCCCUCAACCCUCCACCUUCACCUUUCCACCCUUUUAACCCUCCACCACCUCAUUCCUUCCAAUCUCCACCACCAUCACCACCAGCUCAUUCAUUUCCUCCACCUCCUCCACACGGACACCCUCCACCACCAUCAUCUCAUCCACUUCCCCCUCCACCACCACAUGCUCGCCCACCAUCGUCUCAUCCAUUUUCCCCACCACCACCACAUGCUCGCCCACCAUCGUCUCAUCCAUUUUCCCCACCACCACCACACGUCCAUCCACCGCCGUCUCCACAUCAUCCGAUCACCCCUCCUCUACCUCCGCACGUCCGCCCACCCCCACCAUCAUUUCCACCUUCUCCCUCUCCAUACCACCCUACAGUCAUUAUCAUUGUGAUCAUCGCAUUCGGCGGGAUUGCCUUGCUUUCAAUGCUUGCUUUCGCAUUAUUUUGCUGCAUUCAGAAGAGGAAGAAGAAAACACAAGAAACCGAUAUGGUUCACAUCGACGAACAUAAAAAGAUUACAGAAACAAUUGUGCCUGGUCCUUUUGGAAAACCAACAGUCAUAAUUUCGGUCGAAGAUGAUGUUCAUGUUGAUGAAGUCAUCAAGAAGAAUGAAGCAGUUGGUCAUGGUUUACAUGCUGAAGCAUCUAAAGCUGAAUCAGAUCAAAACAAUAUUGCUACUAGUAGUAAUGAAAAUGCAACAACUACUACUUCUCCUGGUCGUGAACAUCAUCAUAUUCAUCCAUAAAUUGAGAAGAAAGCCUUCAUGGUGGGAAGUGUUUGUGUGUAUAUUCCCACAGAGAUAUUAUAUAUUCACGUACAUGGACUCCAAACAAAGGAUCCUAAUUCACCUAAAAAUUACUUUUAUGAAUAAAUAUAUAUCAUUCAUUUUAUUUUAUUUUCUUCCAUUUUGGUUUAAUAAACCAUUCAUUUGUAAAAGCUCCUUCUAACAAAAGUAUAUCUAAUUUGAAUUUGAAUAUA